UCUUGUCUUGUCGUUUAAUCCUGAUUCACUCUCGACCGUUCGGUGGUAGCAGCGGGUCUGUCGGCUCGGUUCUGUCGCUGUGGACGGGCCGGAGAUGGCGGAGUACAGUCAGACGGGUAUAUUAACGGCCCUCCUGCUGUUUACUGUGGUAACAGUGAAGGAUAUUUAUGUGGGCCGCAACAGCAUGAUUCAGCAAGACAGCACCGUACCCGACAUGCACACACAGAGACCGAACAAACACACAUUAUACACGGGUCCGGUUCUCAAGUUCCAGUUCUGUAUAUCCUGAGGGUACAGUAAGGUGUUCCAGGAGUACUCCCGGUCCAUCAGCCAGCUGUACCCGGACAUCCGAAUCGAGGGAGAGAAUUACCCUCCCAAACCCAUCAACAAAUACUUGGGUAACUUCAUCUCUUAUUUCAAACUGCUUGCCAUUGCUUUGAUUGUGACUGGACAAAAUCCUUUUCAAAUGUUUGGAAUGGACACUCCAAGAAUAUGGUCCUGGGGACAGGAGAAUAAGAUUUUCUCCUGCCUUAUGGCAUUCUUCCUUAGUAACAUGCUGGAGACCCAUUUUCUCUCGACAGGGGCUUUUGAGGUUACAUUGAAUGAUGUACCAAUUUGGUCCAAGUUGCAAUCUGGAUAUGUGCCCAACAUUCAGGAGCUUUUCCAGAUCUUGGAUAACCACCUUAAGAUGAAUCAGGUUGACAAGAUGAACUUUCCCUCACCGUAGAGCUGUUGUUAUUGCCAAGAGACAUGUAAGAGAUCUCCGGAGCCGUUUCUCUGUUCAGAGGGACUGUGGACUGUGGCAUAAUGAAGGCCUGCACUGAAAACAGCACGCUGUGAGUGCAGACUCGAUGCUCGGCCACCACACACACUCCUCCUGCCCAGCGACACAUCUCUGGAUCAACUACAUCGCUUCAGAGCAUCAAACUUCAUGCAUUUGUAGUAGGAGAGUCACAUGAGCGCCAAAGGCAACACAUUUAUUACCUAAUGCUGAAGUUAGGGUUUUUUUUUUUUUUUUCGGUCAUUCUGUUUGUAACGUGCUUUUUAACUGAGAUUGAAUUGAAUGUUCCAUCUUUUUUGAGGGCAACUGCGAUGUUUUCUUAAUGUAGAUGUCUUUGAAUGGUUUUUAACAUGAUCAUUUGUUUGCACUGGUGUAGACUGUACUGUACUUGGGGGAAUCUGACUUUUUUAAUCAGUGGGAAUGUCUGUGUAUUGUGGAAACUUGCAGGGUUUUUAUUUUUUUUUUUUUUAGAGUGAGUUAAUGUUUUUUUGUUUGUUUUUUGUUUUAUGCUUGAAGUGGUACAUUUUUGUGUUUGUCACAGGUUCACUGGUUAGAUUCAUAAGUACUGCAUGUGAUGAAGGCCAUAUCUUCUGACUUUAACUGUAUACACUGCCAGAGUGAGCUGUGAAAUCAUCUGCAGUUGUCUUAAUAAUGGUGUGAUUGAGUGUUGCAUAUCAGAAGAUGUGAAUGGGAACUCCAAAGACAUCCACUACUAUUUUUCCAGCUCUCUCCAUUUAGAUGUGGGGACAAGCAAUGUACCCCUGAUAGUUUAGCGUAUCUGUGAAUUUGUAACAAAAGUAAUAUUGAUAGUUGGGAUUGUUGCAUUGAGAGAAGAAAUUAUACUCUAUCACUGUGAUCUAAAAUAAAGAUUCAAAUAAAUAAAUAAAAAAUGUGAAA